AUGGCCGGCGACAGCAAGCCUGAAGUGACCGAAAGUGCCGGAGUAGGCGCGGCCGCGGCCAGGCCCAGCUUUGGAUCGCGCGUGGGUACGCAUUUCAAGCGGUGGUGGUGGGUGUAUCUCAUCAUCUUGAUCGUGGUUGUCCUCGUGGUGGUGCUUCCUGUAGUCUAUGUCGCGUACCCGAAGAUUGCUCAGAACUUGGUCAACAAAUCGAACCUGACCGUCACGUCCAUGGUCAUCAGUGACCCAUCGCCUUCAUCCUUCAUCCUCAACCAGACGCAGGUCAUUGGGUCCAACAGCUCCUACCACCCGACCAUUUAUUCCUUCUCUGCAGGCGUCAGCCUCGCGGGCCUCGCUGCCUUUGCACACGUCCAGGUCCCCGAGUUCAACGCCCACAAUGGCGUCGUCGUGGACAUCAACCAGCGUGUGGACAUCACCAACGAGACGGCAUUCGGCGACUUCUGCAAGGCCGCCAUCCUGAGCGAGGAGUUCCAGCUCAAUGUGUACGGCAGGCCAGGUCUGAAAGAGGGCAGUCUACCCAAGUCAACUGUCACCUACAACAAGACCACCACGAUGAAGGGCCUCAACAAGCUGGAGGGCUUCGAGCUACUUGACAUGUCAAUUGGAACCAGCAACUCGGACGGCACCAACGCCAAAGGAUCCGUAUACAUCCCCAACCCAUCUGUGAUCUCCAUCGCCGUGGGUAACCUCACCCUCAACCUCUCCGUCAACAACACCGCCAUCGGCCAAGCCUUCCUUUACGACCUCACCCUCCGACCAGGCAACAACACCGUGGCCAUGACCGCCAACAUCAGCGAGCUCACCGUCGCGGGCAUGCUGGGCAACUAUAAGAACUACAUCAUCCCCAUCGACAUCACCGGCAAUUCGAGCGUCUACGACAACCAAGUGAUCCCCUACAUUGCGGGUGCCCUGGGAUCCCUCAAGCUGCAAACCGAGUUGAACGUCACCAAGGCAUUGAGUGGUCUCUAA